ACUGUAAAAUACCGCUAAUGAAUUUUCACAGUCACUAAUAGUGACUCGAUAUUUUUAACGACAUGUAACAAGUAACAAAAACGUAACUAUCGUCCACCCCUAUUGUUGUUUACAAAAAAAAAAGAAAAACAUUAAUUAAAGUUGUCGAAAUACAACAGUAAAUUAGAAGCGCCAAUAAGUCAAAAAAUUAAGAAAAUAUAUAAUGUAAACAAUUAAAAAGAGUUUAAAUACACUACGCGAUUUUAGACAUUGCCGCUCUGCGCUUUUUUUCCAUUCGCCUUGUGGUGCGUGCGACGCACAUUAAUUCACAUGUAUGUAGAAUUGAGCCCAAAACCAAACAGUUUAGGCACAAACAUGGAGCCGGACGAACUACCGCCCGAGAUGACCGAUGUGGUGCAAUCGUAUAAGACGCGGGCCAAAAUGAAUCCAGCUAAAAAAGACAAUGAGAAACGGCGACGCAAGGAUGCAAUGCGAAAGGUAUCGCUAAUUUUACGAAAAUGCGACACAGUUCGCACCGCCGAGGAUCGUCAAUUUCUUGAAAAGCAUCCGGACAUUGUGAAAACGACAAAGAAGCGUAAGGAACGCAUUGAGAUAUACAAGGAGCGUGUCGUGGAGAAGGAGGAUGAACCCCAUGUCAUUGAGGCUAAGGUGGAGCAGCUGGCCAACAUUGUGUCGCAGGCAAAGCAUCUCAUUUGCUAUACGGGUGCGGGAAUCAGCACAUCGGCUUUGAUACCCGAUUAUCGUGGCAGCAAGGGCAUCUGGACGCUACUGCAGAAGGGCAAGGAUAUUGGGGAGCACGAUCUGUCCAGUGCCAAUCCCACCUACACGCAUAUGGCCCUCUACGAGCUGCAUCGUCGCCGUCUGUUGCGUCAUGUCGUCUCCCAGAACUGUGAUGGACUGCAUCUGCGCUCCGGUCUGCCGCGACAGUCGCUCUCCGAGAUCCACGGCAACAUGUAUGUGGAGGUGUGCAAACACUGCAAACCGAAUUCGGUCUAUUGGCGUCAAUUCGAUGUUACCGAGAUGACGGCACGCUACUGCCAUAAAACGCAUCGACUUUGUCAUCAAUGCUCGGAGCCACUGUAUGACACCAUCGUGCAUUUUGGAGAGCGUGGGAAUGUUAAGUGGCCCCUGAACUGGGAUGGGGCCACACAACAUGCGGAGCGAGCUGAUGUUAUACUAUGUCUUGGCUCCAGUCUCAAAGUGCUCAAGAAAUACACAUGGCUGUGGCAAAUGGACAAACCAGCACGACAGCGGGCCAAGAUUUGUGUUGUGAAUCUGCAGUGGACGCCCAAGGAUAACAUUGCCAGCAUUAAGAUCAAUGGCAAAUGCGAUAGCGUCAUGGCACAGCUGAUGCGAGUCCUCAACAUUACGGUGCCCGUUUACAGCAAGGAAAAGGAUCCAAUAUUUGCUCAUGCCACGCUGUUAAUGCCCGAAGAGCUUCAUACUCUGACACAGCCCUUGCUGAAGAACGCCGACGAGGAGGAAGCAGGAGAUACACAGUCUUGCACGACCACAACAGAGGAGACACAGGAUUCCAUCAUUUCUGGCGAUAGCUACAGCGAUCUUCCCAUUGGUAAGGGUCCACGCAUUCGCACGCCCAUUAAAAACGGGCGACACAUCAAAACCAAUCUGGAGGUGCGACAGAAGUAUUCCCGUAAGCUGAACACGCCUCAGCUGAAUGGAAAUACUGAGGAGACCAAGCCAGAACUUGAUCUUAAGCUGAAGACGGAGCCGGAGAAGGAGACGGAAACUGAAUUAGACAUGAAAUCAGAUAUCAAAGUGGAGACUGAAACUGUGACGCUAUGCGGGCUGAAACAGGAUGUGAAAGAUGAGCAAAAUUUGCUUGAAUCUAGUCUGGGAACAGUCUGCAUUAAGCAGGAAACGCCACUCCAAGAAAUGCAGCACAAGUUUGAGCCACUCACGCCCAAAAAAGAACCGCCAAGUGAUAUCACAAAUGGACACCAGCAACCGCAAACACAACCACAACAACAGCAACACAAAGUGGGUCUCAUGGAGCUGCCGAAACUAGUCGCAAUACAAAAGCCCUACGUGGAUUCUGCCAACAACUGUCCUGGUCACUGCCUGUUGCCAGUGGAGUUGCGGUUAGAGCCACGAUUGGAGCCAUUUAUUGGCAGUCUGGCGCCGGUGCAACUGCCUCCGCUGGUGCCAAUUGGAGCGCCACUUUACACACCCUUCGUUCAGCCACAGCCACAACUACAACAUGGACUUCCUCCGGCAUUGCAAGCGCUUAAUUUACAAAGUGACAGUGCCACCUGCUCAGCGGACUCAACCACAGAGGGUGAAGACGACGAGGUUGAGGACGAGCAGUUUGAUAUGGCCCAAAUGGAUCUGCUGCGACGCCACAGUGACCAUGAGCUGCUGCUGCAAUUGCCCAGCUGGUAUGAUGCCAAGUAUGCGUAUUCGGGAUUGCACAGCAUAUUGAUACCGCCGCCAUCUGAUCUCAAUAUCUGGAACUCGCAAGUGGUGCCGAAUUUCGCCAUGAAUCGCUCGGCCGCCGGCUGUGAGUUCUGUUUCGAUCGUUAUGCCGAACUCGAGUGCCAGUUUUACAGCCGCUGGCAUCUAAGCCAGCGGAAGCACAAGAAGCGUGCUCGAAGCGGACGCUUUGUGGUCUGUGAUUGCUGUCCAACCAGCGAUGAUGAGGAUGAUUACGAUGAGAACAUCUCAUUGGCGCACAUUGCCGCCGCCGAGACGGCCAAGCGGCGUCUUCAACUGAGCCACAGCUUUCCACGCAAGCUGGCACGCACCCAGGCCGGCUGGUAUGGCAAGGGCUACAAGAAGGGACGAAAGCGCAGAUAGACGCAUCCGGCGAUCCUCACUCAGUCCAAUUGAAUAGUAUUCUAAUAUAGUUUAGUAGCUGUAAUCAUAGGCUAUAGCUUAGUAUUAAUUAAUUAUACAUACAUACUAAAUAGCUAGUAGUGCCACUCGCAUUAGGUGUUCGUCUAAUUAAUUAAUUAUAGAAUUUUCUUUUAAAAUGUGCUUGCAACAUGUGCAACAUCAAGUAUUCUUUACAUGUUUGUGCAGUCCCAUUGGUCCAAUUUAGUUUUAAGCAUAGUUUUUUAACACCAUUUUCAAACUAUUGGCAUAUUUUUUAACAUGAGUUUUAAAUGUUGUUCGCAAAUUGUUUAAAUGUACUCGUAAUCAUCUCGUUUAAUUAUUCAUCGGGCAGUUUUCCAUUCAAAUGCAAAAAAAAAAAAUUAAACUGAGAGAAAA